AUGAAAUUAGCAAACUUCUACGCCGACGACUACCUAGCGCAGCAGCAGCUCAACAGCACCGGCAUGACACUGAACGGUGCUCUUGACACGUUCCCACAGACCACUCGCGGUGCACUGAUUGUCCAUGGAAAGAUUGGGAAGAAAUGGCUGGUGCGACCCCUUCAAAAGCUAGUCCAAGGCAUAUACCUUUUAUUCGUUGGCAAACUUGACCGAGGCGCAUCUGGUCCCCAAAAUGUCGACCCGAUCGUGUGGCCACGCGCUGCAUCAUCAGCAGAAAUUUUCUGGAGUGGGAAGCAGCCCAUUGGCGCUGCACUCAACGUCACCGAGGCACUUCCUCGUUUGCAUUGGGACGAACCCUGGACGAAAGGUGUCGAGCCAUUAUCUGCUCAUGAGAUCCCUCAAUUUCUGCGUCACUCCUCCCGCAUACGCAAAUUGAAGAUACAAUCUGAACAUCCGUACCUUCUCUCUGUCAUCCCCGCCGAGGCAUGCAUAUUUCCGGGGCUGAAGUCAUUAAGUCUUACCACCGUAUAUUUGAACCUCUUUCUGCCUCACAUGCUGCACCGAUGUCAUCUAUUGGGCGUCGACGAGGGUCUACAAUCUUUUGUGACACGUUGCAUUGCUCUGGAGCACUUAUGUAUCUAUACUCCUGAAUGGCUCCUGGUUGACAGCAUAGCAAAUCAGAUGUCAUUGCUAUCCGAUAGGAUUCAUUGGUGCACGCGGCUUGUAACUCUUUCUUGUCCAAUGCUCGACUGGGCAACAUGGAAGCACCUCUACUCCCUCCCUACUCUUCUCAAAUUGAGAAUUGAGCAAGGAUGUCGUGACCCUCCUUCGCUGUCAAAACGAGACAUCGUGGAUCUAUCAAUCCUUAAUAUCACAAGUCUUUCCUUUCAAGAAAUCUAUUAUGUUGCAGAUAUCAUCACAGUCAUGCAACACUCGGAAUUUCCCUCACUGAAAGAGUUCGAGUUUAGAGCCAAAUAUAUCUCCCCAGAACAUGCCGAGCAACUCUUUCAUGCUCUGUCUCGCUGCAAAGCGUGUCGGACUCUAGAAGAAAUCACCUUUUGUUCUCUUAAGGAGACAUACUUUGUAACCCCAAACAGCGAGCUUUUGACACCAAUUCCGCAUUUCCUUUGCUUUACGCAGCUCCGAACCCUGGAGCUCACAUUUUAUAAUUCCUGCAUCUACCUGGAUAAUGACAUGCUCUUGCAAGCCAUGUCUACCUGGCCGCACAUCCGCACUCUGGAAAUCAAUGACUCAGGCGACUAUGCUUCUUCUUCCGAAGUCACCCUCCGUGGAUUAUUCACAGCGCUUAGUCUAUGUCCAGAAUUGCAUACACUACGAGUUCCAAUCAAUCUUGCAACUAUCGACAUCGAUCCUGGUGCCGAGCCAAUACAACAUACCUCCCUACGAUCAUUGGCUUUAGACUUAUCCGAGUCUCAAACAAGAGAUGCUGAAACUAUCGCUCGCAUUAUUUCCGCCUGGCUCCCUUGUGUCGACCAAGUUACAAACGUAUAUGGUUUGAGCUGGGUUGAAGUCAAUAGGUAUCUUAGAUCUUUGAGAACGGCUACUGCGCCGGAUGUUGCGGGAGCCUCCUAG